AUGGUCAACUGUAUCCCUCGCCAACAAUGCAAAUGGCCGCUCUCUACAGCUCUUACGCUAUGUCAUAAUCUGCUAGCACUUGCCAUCUCUUCAAACAGUGACAUUCUCACGCGCUGUGAGAACCUUGAGAGUGAGUUUAAAGUGAUAACUAAACCCAGUGAUAUCGAAGUACCAAAUGAAGUACUAGUCACGUUAUCUACACAUUCAAACACAUCGUGGAACGAACUGAACGAUGCUACUAAGGUGGGAUUGCUUUGGGUGCACGGUUACGUAUUCUCAGGUGGUUUCGACAAUGGAGACAAAGCCGGCGACACUAUACUUCCAGUCUACACUCGCUGUUCAAACGGGUCUGCAAUUGGAGUAGAAAUGGCAAAAAUUGGUGUCUUGUACGACGACUUUACAGCACAGUGUGUGACGACGCAAUUUCAAGAAUCAAGUGUCAGGCCGGUGGUUGAUCACGCAAAGGUGGAAGAAUUUCUAGCAGCAGCUAAAAUAUUACCAUUAACUCUUCAGUCGGAGAUUUUGUAUGGUGGUAGAAAUACGACAUUGUUUCUUGGUGCAAUCAUGGCUGGAAUCUUCAUGCUCAUCAUGACUGUAGUGAUUGGCUACUGGUGUCACAGUAGAAUAAUGGGGAAUGCUGAGCCUAUAGUAGAGAUUGGUGCAACCCAAUCUGCGGGUUUUAUCAGCAUUGGACAAUCGCCAGACACUAGUAGAGCCCAACCACUGGGUUUUAUCUCUUGGGUGAUUGGACGGCACGUGACUACGAACAACUUGUCAACUGCUAAUAUACAUGCGAUCGCUCAAUCGACCCGAGGCCGAUUGUCAUCUUGGUAUACAUUUGGCAAUGCUAGCAAUUGUGAAUCACAGCAAUCCUCUACGGUUGGUACAUGGUUCGGUGCUGAAGCUGGUGGCAAGAGUGUAAGCGAAUAUUGCGACGAAUCUGAAGAGUUGACCACCUUCUUGCAACAUCCAGAAGUACUUUCAAAAUGUAUUGCUUUUGACCAAUUGACUUUUUUAAGUCUUUUAUCAAAAGGAGCUUAUGGUGAAGUAUGGCUCGGACAGUUUAACACACAGCGUGUAGCCAUUAAACGAUUAUUGCCGGAGAAAUGUCAGCUGACUUCGAGUUUGGAACAAUUUGCCGGAGAGAUUCAGUUGAUGUGUAUGUUACAGCACCGUAAUAUUGUUUCUUUCGAAGGCUUAAGUUGGAACCGAUUGCAGAAUUUGUGCGCUGUGCUUGAGUACAUGGAAGCAGGUGAUCUUGAUGCAGUGCUAAAGCAAAACCGAGACUGCUUUUCGUGGCAGCAAGAAAAGAUUUCGAUUGCGAUGGAUAUCGCUGAAGGCUUAGUCUAUUUGCAUUGUCUACGACCUGUUAUCGUACACCGUGAUCUCAAGUCCAAAAAUGUUCUUUUAAAUGAAAAAAUGCAUGCCAAAUUAAGCGAUUUUGGCGUUAGUCGCAAGACUUUCAUUAAUGAAACAAUGACUUCAGGCGUUGGAACGUUGUUGUGGACUGCCCCGGAGAUUAUUGAAGGCAAGAAAUACUCGGAAAAAGCAGAUGUUUAUUCCCUUGGUGUUGUAUUAUCAGAAAUGGACACCUGCGAAUCACCUUUUUCGGAUGUCAUUUCUGAAAAAGGUGGACGGUUACCAGGCAUGCAGCUUGCCCACUUCGUAAGGCUCGGAAACAUUCGCGUUUCAUUGCGCGACGACUGCCCUACCAUUCUUCGAAAAUUGAUCAUGGAUUGUACGCAACUUGACCCCGACGCGCGGCCAAGCUCCAUGCAAGUGGCAUACACGCUGAAAAGCAUCAUUGCACCGGCGCUACGAAUGUCAUCAUCAACACUUGUGACAACCUCGAUUUCCACCUAUCCUAGCUUUGACGCCCUGCAACGUAAAACUUGA